AUGUGUUCUACAAACCCAGGCAACUGGGUCACAUUUGAUGAUGACCCUACAUUUCAAUCUUCUCAAAAGUCAAAAAAUUUCCGUCCAGAGAAUCAAGGCAUCUGUAGACCAAACGGACUUAAGCUGAACCUUUCCACUCCUAAGGAAUUUUCCAGUGGGUCUUCCUCCACCAACAGUACCCCCCUCCCCUCUCCCAUCAUAGACUUCUACUUCAGUCCAGGACCUCCAAGUAACUCUCCUCUUUCUACACCUACCAAAGACUUCCCAGGAAUUCCUGGCUUCCCCAAAGCAGGGACUCAUGUGCUUUAUCCUAUUCCAGAAUUAUCUUCAAACAACCCACUCACAACACCUGCAGCAGAUUCUUCCUUAGUGUCUACUAAACCAGCCUGUGUACCCCAUGCUUCCUUGCCUAAAGAUCACUCAUGCACACCUUCAGUUCCCAAAGUGGGUCUUUCAGAUGAAGUUAAUCCUCCACAAGCCGAAAGCCUGGGGUUCCAAAGUGAGGCUCCUCAGUUUCAGUAUUUUCAGGAGGACUGUGCCUUUUCAAGUCCAUUUUGGAAAGAAGAAGGCAGUGCUUCCCAGUUCACCUUUGACCCUCCAGGAAGCAAAAAGGGAUUCCCAUCAAGAGACAAAGAAAUGCCCAUUGAUCAAAAAAGCUUAAAUCAGUGUUCACUCAACUACAUCUGUAAGAAGCUUGAACACCUCCAAUCAGUUGAGGACCAAGACUCAUUUGGAAGUUUGCCUAUGCAGUGUCUGGAUGCUGAAGAUACAGGCUCUUCCUUUGUCCCCCACACCCUCUUCAGGAGUCAGCCCAAGCCUGGAUGGUCUUUCAUGCUGAGAAUCCCUGAGAAGAAGAACAUGAUGUCUUCCCGUCAGUGGGGGCCCAUUUUUUUAAAAGUCUUACCUGGAGGAAUUUUGCAAAUGUACUAUGAGAAGGGGUUAGAAAAACCAUUUAAAGAGUUUCAGCUUGAUUCACAGUGUAGGCUUUCUGAACCCAAACUUGAGAACUUCACCAUGGCGGGAAAAAUCCAUACUGUGAAGAUUGAACAUGUGUCCUACACAGAAAAGAGAAAGUACCAUUCAAAGACGGAAGUCGUUCAUGAGCCAGACAUAGAGCAGAUGCUAAAGUUGGGAUCCAUUGAGUACCAUGACUUCCUUGAGUUUCUGACCACUGUGGAGGAGGAGCUGAUGAAGCUGCCAGCUGUUCCCAAACCAAAAAGGAACUACGAGGAACAAGAAAUCUCCCUUGAAAUUGUGGACAACUUUUGGGGUAAAAUCACUAAAGAAGAAGGGAAAUUGGUUGAAAGUGCUGUGAUAACUCAGAUCUGUUGCCUCUGCUUUGUGAACGGGAACUCGGAAUGCUUCUUAACAUUAAACGAUCUUGAGCUGCAGAAGCGAAAUGAACACUAUUUUGAAACAGACCCAGAAAAGAAGGGGAUUGAUAUUCUUGAAUAUCAUUUUCAUAAGUGUGUGAAAGCAGAAGAAUUUGAGCGAUCACGAAUCAUUAAGUUUGUACCUCUGGAUGCCUGCCGGUUUGAGCUGAUGCGUUUCAAGACGUUGUAUAACGGAGAAGACCUUCCCUUUUCCCUGAAGUCUGUAGUGGUCGUCCAGGGGGCAUAUGUGGAGCUUCAGGCCUUUGUCAACAUGACCCCAUUGCCUCAGAAAUCAUCCCAUGCCAGCUCCUUGAGGUCCUGUGACAACGUAAUGAUACACUUUCCUGUCCCGUCGCAGUGGAUCAAGGCUCUCUGGACCAUGAACCUCCAGAGGCAGAAGUCUCUGAAAGCCAAAAUGAACCGCCGGGCAUGUUUGGGGAGUUUACAUGAACCCGAAUCUGAACCUGUCAUACAGGUCACUGUGGGGUCAGCAAAAUAUGAGAGUGCCUACCGGGCCGUGGUAUGGAAGAUCGAUCGGCUUCCUGAUAAACAUUCAAGUCCUGAUCAUCCUCACUGUUUGUCAUACAAACUAGAACUUGGAUCUGACCAAGAAAUUCCCUCUGAUUGGUAUCCAUUUGCUACUGUUCAGUUUGGGAUGCUUGACACCUGUGCCUCAAGGACCGAGGUCAGAUCUCUGGGGGUGGAGAGCGAUGUGCAGCCCCAGAAACAUGUUCAUCAGCGAGCUUGCUACAACAUCCAGGUUGAAAUAGAAAAGAAGUGGAUUAAAAUCGAUGGAGAAGACCCAGAUAAAGCUGGUGAUUGCAUCACUCAGUAG